AUGGCAGUAAAUAACCGAUAUGGGCAUCUUAAGAUGGAAAGAAAAAGAAAAGAGCAGGAUAAAUCCACCCUCAGAGGUAUGUUGCUGUACUUUCAGCCAAUUAAUUUAAAGUUGAUCACCUGCCAUAAAAUUUGAAAGUUUCAUUUAAUUACCGUUUAGGGUAAGUUUAGGGGUAAACAUGCAGGCAGUUGUAAUAAAGCUCUACAAUGACAAGAAAACAGAAAAUGCGUGUACAGUCGAGAAUACUUUUAAAAACUACUCCUUCUGCCUUAUCAAGGGAGUAGUUUAGACAUCACUCGUUUUUUUUUUGUGCCGUAAGUGUUGGUUGAUUACUCACGAGACAUGGUAAGCGCAAAAGCCAUGUAGAGAGAGCCCUUAGUUAUAAAAUAUAAAAACAAUCAAAAGCAAAGUUCCUUACUCUUCCACAUAGAAGUAAGUAAUUAUGUGAAAUAUUGAUCAUGUCUGAUAAGCCACAAAAUCAGUCCAAAUUUUGGUGAGUGAAAGGAAUUUGAGCGGGAGAAACCAUUGCCCAGGGACAUAGCAACUGAAAAAACAUUGCAUGUUAGUCUAUUACUGAUCAUAAAUGUCACUAAGGAAAUCUAAAAACUUUCUAAAUAGCGAUUACGAUAACGAAAUAUUUAAACCCAAGUAGGUCGGAAAAGAGCACGCUUUUUAAAAUAAAUAUUGAAAAUUUAUAUAUUUCCUUCUCUUUGUCUUGCAAUUGAGUUCAAAAGACAUUUCGUAAUCAGGUACCACAGUUUUGAAACUCUUAAACAAUAUCUGUAACGUUGUGGGUGCCUUGUUCUUUAUUGGACAAUCCUCUUAGAUUAUUUUAGUGAUGCACUGAUAUGAUGUGGUGCAGGCAACUCUGGUUUGCAGUAAUUUAAUUUCAUGAAAACUUUUCUUUGCCAAGUUGUAAACAGGAAAGAGUAUUUUUACAGCAAAAGCAGUGAAAGAAGACUGACUACCUUUGGCAUCGUCAAACUAAAAAGACUCUCUGACGCAAAGGAAGCUUAACACUAUAACAGUUUUAUUCCCUUUUCUACCACUGCUUAAAAGCAUCACACAGACUAAAAUCUUUCCAUCACGGAAGCAGGAUGUAGGUUAGAAGAAGCUGGUGAAAUGAAUUUAGAAACUUUCCAACUGCUUGACAGUAGGGCAUCUGAAAUAACAAAUACCAUUUUAUUCCAAUAAUGCUUGUGGCACCAUCAGGAAACUUAAUUUUAGAUGUACGGAGGAGAGGGUAGUUUACAUUACGGGUUCCAUAUAACCUUAGCUUACUAAACAAUCACUGAAAACGAACCAAACAUACUUUCGGUCUGAAGCUAGGCAAUUUUAUGUCUUUCCCACGCCUUAAGCAUUUUGAGAGAUUCCUCGAAGGAUUUCAGUGGUGUUUACCGUAGGUACUUUAUGGAUUUUGUCACCUAUAGUGGGUCAAUUUUGCUGUUACUAGUUAAGAGUAAUAUUGUUUGUCAUUACAUUCAGUGAAGAAAAAACGCAAAAACUUUUUGCGCACUAAGAGGGUCAGUGUUUCCUUCAGGCUGGCGGUGAUGUUUAAAAGGGCUAUGACGUUGCUGAUAGAGUUGUAAUUUGAUUUUUCCCUGAAUAUUUUCUCAAGAUUUUGCAAACGGAAGAUAGAUUGCGGCAUGGAAGCUAAACACACAUUAUUCAUUAACCUUUUAAAAACUUCUUUGUUUAAAAUGACCGAAAAAGGAAAAAACAAAAACUCACAGGAUUCGAGCAGCCCUUAAAACACGCCGAGUUCGUGUGGGAAAGUCGCACUGUCAAGAGACUGACUCUACAAAAGACUGACUGAUAAAGAGGCCGCGGUGGCUCAAUAUUAGGGAACAUCUUUAAAUACACGUCAUCAGAGUGUGGCCAACCUAUUAAAAUAUUAGAUUUACUUUGCUAUUGGUUCGGAAAUCAAAGAUAUUCAUUUUUAUCUGAAACGUGAUAACAAACUGUCAUGCUAAGAUUGUUUUUUUUUUGUAUACCCGUCAUAUAUUAAAUUCAUUCUUCUUAAUGACAUUUUUAUCAUAAAAAUUAGUAAUGAAAAGUCUUCGCUACAAUUUCUCUUGCCUCUCUUCCUAUAAUUAGUUGACGUCAUUCAUUCGUGGAAUUUAGUUCAAAUUUAAUUUAGUUAUGUUGGUCUUUUUAUCGAUGUAUGAAUCGUUCUGAUGUCUCUAACCUCGUUCAAGUCCUAAUUAUGCGCAAAAAAUAUCGCAUAUUAAAGCUUCGGAAAUUGAAAACGUGGCCUUAGUUUAUAACAAUAAUGAAAACUGUGACAAGAGAGAGUCGUUAUACAAAUUGAACGAGUACAAAGUUAAUAUUACAGUCAAUUGAAUAUCAAUAUGAUCCAUUCUGCUAUUGGCUGUUUACUGGUGAUAUUUGUCUUACUUACUCGCGUAGAGCGAAUAUAAUUAGCGCCAAGAACACAUAAAAAGAGUCUCUAGGCAUGUGUGUGACUUCGGUCUUCUAUUCAAAUAGUUCAUUGCCUGGGCGUUGCGUUUCUAUAGUGGAAAAGCAAAUACAGCAGAUUUCUUCGCCGCGUGUUAGUAAAUAAUUCCUUACUGUUCCGGCAAAAUAGAACAGCGUCGAAGAGGUAAGCGCAUUACUUCUGGUACAUUAUCCUUGAUUUCAUCAGUUGACAUUAUUUUUCAUUCUUCUUUAUGUCUGUCGGUAAAAAUGUGUUCUGACAAACGCAGCUGCCGGGUAAUUUAGAAAAAUCUUUUGGUCCUCUGAGAUUAUCAAUACUAGUUGAUGAAAGUACAACUGAGAUUCGAUAAAUCAACGGAACUUUGCCGCGUACAUCUUAAAGAUUUGUCAAAAUGCGUGGUUAACAUUUGAUCAGUGAAAUGCCUCUGAUUAAAGAAAAGCGGAUUAACAAAGAACAACAAUGGGUAGCAGCGUUCACCUCUACACUCCAAACUACACAUUGACUUCAGAUUAUUAUAGUUUUUUUCUUUAUGGACAGCCAACCAAUUAUCCUAGAAAAGCUGCCGAGCUUCCAGAGUAUGUAAAUUAGUAGGAAAAUAUCUCUACCAAUCUUACUUUUAGGGCUCUCAUAAUUAUGUAACGUAAAACUGAUAUAACUGGAAACUGUUAGCAGUCUCAUGAAGAAAUCCGUAAAUGCGAAGUAGCUAUUGACACAUAGCUCUUGGAAUCAAGGCUGAACAAUCUGAAAUCAUUUGGCAUGACAAAAGUUUAACAUGGCGAUAUUUAUUUUCAUUAAUGCCAAUAUUUUAGUUCAACACCAAUGUUGACAUUGCUUGAACAGCCAUUAAUGAAGUGUUAUCUUCAUCACAAAACGUUCUCCAAGGAAUAUUUGCUGUUACUAUUAUUUGAAUACCAUCCUGCUUUUAGAGUCAUUUUCGGACAGAAUAAUAGCAAAUGUGGAGAUACAAGGGGGGGGAUUUGAAUUGCAUAAAAACAAAAUACACAUGAAAAUUUUACAUAUUGAUUUUCGCACGCCUUAAGGUCUAUGAAUAUGCUUAGUUUCUUACAAACUUUUUGUGAGCUUUUUAAACAAAUUACUGGUGAAAGAUCUUGAACUACAGUUCAUUCCGGUUGACAUCACGCGAUUAUUUUACGAUUAGAAAAGCAAUGUGCAUUUUCAUCAGCUAUUCGUUUUUUAAACCGUUGGUUCACCCUUAAUGUGAUAACUGAAAAUUUAGUUUAAGCCAUGACGAGGAAAAUUGAGCGUUUAAAGUGAUGUGCAGAGAAAAUUUUCCUUCACGUGAAAUACUUUUCGGUUUCGACAAUCGCUCUGACGAAGGGCUAACGCUCGAAACGUCAGCUUUUUUACCCUUUACGGUGGCUAAUUUACGUUUUCAACUCAGUUGUUAACACUAAAUUACCUGCUAUACUCUCCCACCGACGCAGCACCACAGUUUCUUUAGAAACUUACCCCUUUAUUCUUUUUUCGGAAAUUGAUCUUAAAACUUCCAACAUGGUGGAGUUUAUUUUUAAAAAACAUUUGAAAAUGCGGAGGGUUUUUCUGGUUCUGUCUCUCUUUUUGUUAUUGAUCACACUAAUUCAACCUUGAAACUGAUAUGACGAAUUUGAUUACGGAACUUUUAACGACGAUCAAGCAUUACUUCCUUUGGAGAAAAUCUUUUUUCGAACCUUCUUUCCAUUUAAUGAGACUGGACCAACUCUUUUUUAACAAGAUGUUUGCAGUUUGACGAAAACGCAUCACGGUUCUUUCAAAUUAGCGUUCUGUAGGUGACAUCUGUGGUACAUUUUCAAAGAAUUAUCUUCGCGUGAGUGUAUGUGUCAAGCCCUCUCUUAAAAAAUUAAGCAUGGCCAUACAAAGGACAAUCAAGUUAGGGGUUCGAGUGAUCUUCGUUAGGAAAAGAUACACAUGCUAUGACACGCAAUAAGAUCUUAAGGUUUCACGAAAAUGUUACCCCACGCAAAUUGAGAAUUAAUGAUGCGUGCAUAUUUCAUAAUUCAUAUUUCACAUUUCGCGAUAACAGUGCUUAGUCACAUUCAUUUGUUUUCAAAAUUGAUAACUUUGAUGAAAAAUGAUUCUUGGAAUAAUGAUUUGUCACGCGAAAGAUUAUUGUCAUUAUUUUUUUUCCUUAUACUACGACAAACUGAGCGACUGUGCAUAGUUUGAAAAUCCUCGCUGUCUGAAAACAGGGAGAAGAUUUUCUUUACUUCUAGAAACGAAAUAUUGAUAUUUGACUUAUUUUUGUUGUUAUCAUUAUAAUGCCAAGAUUACACCUCCAAGAAGAGUUUAGCUCAUCAAUAUACACCUGUAAACCAUUAAAAGCCAAAAAUUACAGUGCAAAUAUGCUUAGCUCUACGUGAAUAUGGCGUCUUUUGGCGAUAAAAAUCCUCCAAUGGCUUCCAAUUUUGUAUUUCGGCUCAGCUCAAUUUAUUUUUAGUCUUUUAUAUACAAUUGCCCCCGAGCCAAAAAACCAUGUUACUCCUAACAAAGCCGGCGAAUUUUAAAUUUUAAACAUCAAGUUACAAAAAUGUUCACUUGUACAAGAUAUUUAAUUCGAUAUCCGGUAAAAUAUCGUUGGAACUAUGCAUGAACCGGAUAUUCUACAUGUGUUAGAGAGUGCUAGCUUCGGCGUUUUUUAUCAGGAAGGAGUCGUCAACAUUGCAACAGAAAUUGAAGAAAGAAAAUAGAAAAUAUAUAUGCUUUGGUACGUGAUCUCAAUUAACUUAGUUACACGAUCCAAAUUUCCAACGAACUUGUACAAAUGGAACAGAAAAGAAAAAAAAAUUGGAAAAAGGCGUAAACGAAUUUUGGUACAGCUGAAAAUUAUGCUUACUGUCCCAGAAAAUAUAUCCUUCAUGUCUUGAUUAGUCGAUACCCCGAGGGGCGAAAUAAAUGCUGACUUACAUCGUGUUUUUCCUACUGUUUGAAAACAAAAAAUACCGUUGCUAGCGAACAAAAGAAAAACUUUGAAAUAUUGACCCGGGAAAAAUAAGUGACGCCGUCUUUCCACAUUUGUAGCAGAUUAUUGGUCAAAACAGCAGACAUUGUUCCAUAUAAUAUCGGGCGCGUGACCCAACCACGUUUUAUUUUGUUUUCUAAAUUAGUAAGAGUCACGAUAUAAAUCUCGAACGGGAAAAAGACAGGUUAAAAGCGCAGCAGGAUAGGAAAAAAAUUCUGACUUUCAAUCACUUCUGUAACGUGACAACUCACAAAGAAAACUGAUGUUUAUACUUAGCUUAUUUCAUUACACGUGGUAAGGCAAAUUUCCGGCUGCGGACAGCGUGUCUGGGAAAGCGAAAGUUCUGGCGUUCAGGUAUAAUGGUGUGAAUGUUUCUUUUAUUGUACAGCUUAUUAACGAGCACCGCUGCCGCCAAUUUCGUUUUACACGUAUUUAAGGCGUUAUUAGAAGACAGGGAGCUAAGGAAUUGUUCAGUUCUCUCCGUCACGGGGGAAAUUAAAUCACACUCCAUGGUAAAUUGUUUUCAUUUUGAUUCGCUCGUACACAAUUACCGCUCUAACAACGUGGCGCUAAGAAAGUAGAACCACGCGGUGACCCUGAAUAAUCCUUGAAUGAAAUCCGAUUUAAAAACUUGCUCUUAUUGGAUUAUUUGAUUCGUUUUCUGGUAAGUUGUGCGCUUCAAAGUAGGGAGAGCGCAGUGAAUUAUUUUGCCUAUAAAGCGAUGUGUAUAAUAAUAGGUGAUAACCAUGAAAGUAGGUUACUAUAACUACAAACGAUUGUUUGUUACACUCGGUAGGUGAGGCACGGAGACUGCAAGUUUUCCCAAUGAAGCAAAUCGAUAACGAACACUGUGAUGCAGACAGUGGAAUGGCACCAACAACCCCGUGUUAUCCAAGAAUCCCAAGGAAAAAAACUCAGGAACAACAAGCUGUGGUGGACGAGAUACUUCAAGUGGUUGCUGAUCAAGGAAGGCGCUUUUCGCUUUCGCAAACGGACUACAGCGUUCAAAAGAGAAUCGAAUGUGGCCUAAGACGGAAAAAAAGACUAACAAGCGACGCGUCUAGUUUUGAUGAUUCCAGUUCAUGUGCAAGCGGCUCCGACCUUUCUACUUCGCCACCACCAACACGGCAUAGCAGUAUCAGUAUCAAUUCAAGUUUUUCAGAUGAUGGCAAGAUGUUCGAAUAUAGCAGUAGACCGCAAACUCUUCCGCCGCUCCACCGAAAUAGAAGCCACAGGCCUGCUCGACCGACGCCUCCUAAAAUUGACUUUGACGAGGAGCGAGAAAUAAGUCGCUCUGGCACCUUGUCGAGACCUAUGUCCGCGCGGGGACAACGAUCACGCCCACAGAGAGGUUUCACGUUAUAAUUCCAGAAAACGCAAAACAUUGAGAGAGAUCGUUAUGAAUUUAUUACUUCAGUGAGGACGUUAAAUCUCACCCAUGGAGGAAGUGUUCUGGCUUGAAUUUUAGUAGUGUAGAGUUUUGAAAAAGAAAACAAUUCAUGCGUAUAGUGCACAACGAGGGCCAACAUUAGGAUGUCAACAUAUAAACUCUAAGUUCAACUGCCAGAGUAGAAGGCUUAUGACAGGUGCCGGAGGCCGAGCAAAAAGAAAUUAGUUAAGCUGUUGCUCGUUUAAGGAAAAAAAAGGGCCCUGAAGGAAACGAUCAAACAUACUUGAAGUCUGAUUCGGUAGCAAUAUAGCUGAAGAUUACAUCAAUGAUUCCAUACACCAUGUGCAGCAAAUUUAUUUUCAAAAAAUCGACGCCAAAACAUGCCGAAUACAAGAGGGAUCAUUAGCCACAACAGAACUUUUCAAGUGUUAUCAGCUACACGUAAACAAUUGCAUUUUUCGAGAACAAUCUAGGAGGUAAGAGGGUUGUCUCUUUGCAAAAUUCAUCAUGAAAACUGUUAGAAAAGAAAAAAUAGUGACAUGGAAACUGAACAGCAUUCUCUAUCGUCAAAAAUGUCAUUGAGCGGUUGUAGAUCACUUAUAGCAUGGCGUGUAGCAGCCUCAUUUAAAGUCAAAACAACGGACGGUCUGAAAUGAAUCGUUGCAAAGACUAUUCCUUUGUUUCAUUCUAUAAAACCUACAAAUCAAAAUCAAUUUUUAAUAGCAGCACAUAGCGACUCAUUUCUUCUCCCUAAGUUUUCAAAAAGCGAUAUUUGUUCAAUAAAAAUAAAAUAUAAAAUGCUAAUUUACCUAGAUAUUCACGGAACAUUUGAUCAAUAAUUCUACAAUGUAAAGAGAUGAUCGUCUUUCAGGUGAAGAUCGACCGGAAAGGAAGAUUCAGAAACAAAUUUGUAAAAAGGAAAAAAUAUAGGUUUUGGUUAGAGUAAAUAUGGAGUAAGAAUAAAAGAUGUAGUACACAAUUACACCCGUGGUGUUGUCUGAAUUACAAACUGAUGCGAUUUGAAUAUGCUAAAUAUUUGUAUGGCGAAUUAUGAGAAUGCGUGUUCUCAUACGUGUGACGGUAAUGUAAAAAAAAAAAACAAGGAAUACAGAACACAGGUGUUAAAAGUAAUUUUCACAUUUAAGGG